AUCAGUGCCUUCUCGUUUACAGCGCGCGUUUGAUACUCGACCCCUCCGUGAAACGAGGGAAGCAGGUGGUUUGGGAGGAAGGGGAGCGGCUCUUCUUCAUACUUAAACUGGCUACCUGGCAACUAACGUGAUUAGUGGACAGCUGAUGCCAAUUGGUGCCAAGGAGGAAGCGGCGUUUCCGUCUGCUUACGACCGGCGAGCUCCAUCUUUGAAAUAAAACAGCGGGUGCAGCGGUGAUGAGGGUGGAUGAGUGAGGGAGACGGGUGUCACAGGGGAACGUCGGCAGAUAAGCGGAAGGCCAGGCAAGGAUGUUGGAGGCCGACGCAGACCUAGCGGGUGCAGAGGUCGAUGAGGAGGCGGAAGCGGACAUGGGGAGCAGAGACUUGAAGGCUGAAGUGACGAGGCUCACUCUGGAGCUCCACGAGGCCACGGAGGAAAAGCUGCAGGCUGCUCGAUAUGGACUGGUAGUGCUGGAAGAAAGCGCCGGCCUCAAGAUGAAGCACAAGCAGCUGGAAGAAGAACAUGAAUCCCUAAAGCUGGAACUGCAGCAGCUCAGAGAGGCUUUUGCAGAUUCUGUGAGCAGCCAGAAGCGUGCAGCUGCUGAUGGAGAGUGUCGGGAGGAGAGCCUGCUGCAGGAGACUGCCACCAAAGAGGCUGCCAUGGCAACCCGGUUGGAGGAAGUUCAGACAGAGCUCAAACAGGCUCGUCUUGCUCUGGGCAACGCCCACGAAGAGAUCGAUAGACUGGGGGGCCUCUCCACCCACCUUAAGAAGGAAUGUGAAUGUCUUGAAGCAGAGAAGAACCAUUUAAGAGAUGAAAUGAAGGAAUACAAAUUACGUGAGCUGCGGCAGCUACAGGACAAUAGUGAGCUGGAAGAAGAGAACAUCUCCUUACAGAAACAAGUAUCUGUGCUAAAGGAAAACCAGGUAGAGUAUGAAUCAAUGAAGCUUGAGCUAUCCCAGAAGAAUGAAGAACAAGAGGAGCAGCGAGCACAGCUGGAAGAAGCUGCGAGGCUGCGGGAGAUAGCAGAGAGGCAGCUGGACGAGGCCCUCGAAGCCCUGAAGGAGGAGCGGGAGCAGAAGAACGGUCUGCGACGGGAGCUCUCUGCCCUGACCCUGAACCCGUUUGAUUCCGUUGGCAACUUGGAGCUCCAUUUGGAUCAGCUGGAUGACAGUCAAGGGGAGGGCCAGGGAGGAGAGGGUGAGGCUCAGGAAGAGAACCAGGACAGCAGUCGUACAAAUGGAUCUGCAUCUGCGCCCAGCAACGGCCUCAUCCAUCGCUACUCCACGCCACACAACAGCAACGUGUUACUGCGUGCUCCAGCUUCAGGCUUGGUGUCUGACCUGCUGAGUGAGCUGCACUUUUCAGAUAGUCAGAAACUGAAACAGCAGCUCCUACAGGCAGAAAGGGAGAAAUCCAGUCUGGCUAGCAAAGUGGAGGAACUGCAAAUGCAGCUGAUGAUGUCCAAACAGGCACUAAGUCAGCAGGAGGACAAGGUUGGCUCUCUCACUCAGCAGCUGGAAGCUGUGCACAUUAGUCAGCAUCAAAACCAGGAGGCAGAGGGGAGGCAAAAGGUGGAAACUGGAAAGGAUGGUACUGAAGGCUUUGACUAUGAGGUGGACACAAAGAGCAAAGAGGUGCUGGAGGCGCGAAUGCGUGCAGCCAGUGAAGAGCUUCUCAAACUGCGAGAUGAACUUUCUCAGGCGGGAGCCCGUUACAACACCCUCGAGCAGAGAUACAAGCAGGAGAAGGACCGGUGGAAGGGGGAGGCCCAGGAGCUGGCUGACAAGAUCCGUCAGUGUAUCAAGUCCAGCAAGCAGGAUCAGGAGCGCAUCAGCGAGCUGGAGAAAGAGAUCGGAGCUACACGGAAAGUGGCGACUGAUUCUGAAGGGCAUCUAAGCGUUGCCCAGGAAGAGCUGUUGGCUUUCUCUGAGGAACUGUCCAACCUCUACCACCACAUCUGCGUGUGCAACAACAUUACACCCAAACGGGUCACCCUAGACUACUACCGGGACAGUGCCAGGGGAGGCGGCGGAGGGGUGCGACGAUCACAUCAUGUCUUCGCCCAGCACAACUCCCAGAAGAAGCCUUGGGCUAAUGACAUGUUCAUCUCCAAAGCUGCAGCACUGCAGUUCAUGGGAGAGGUGGACAGUGCAGGAGCCAGCGGAGACGCUCUGACUUGUCCUGGUUCCCCCACUCUGGAUUUCAGGGACCCCUCCAAUGUGUCCAACCUGGUUGCUGUCAUCCGUUGCCAGAUCAAGCACCUCAGGGUGGCUGUGGACCUCUGCCGUCAGAGGGGAGCGAUGCCGUACUCUGGGCUCAGCAGCAGCAGCGAAGAAUCGGAGCGGGAUACCGAAAGCCUUCUGGAGGAAGUCCUAAAACUCAAAUCUCUUCUUAGCACAAAGAGAGAGCAGAUUGCCACCCUGAGAACUGUCCUCAAGGCAAACAAACAGACGGCUGAGUUGGCCUUGUCUAAUCUGAAAACCAAGUAUGAGACGGAGAAGAGCAUGGUGUCGGAGACCAUGAUGAAACUGAGGAAUGAGCUCAAAGCCCUGAAGGAGGAUGCCGCCACCUUCUCUUCUCUCAGAGUCAUGUUUGCCAGUCGGUGCGAUCAGUACGUCACCCAGCUGGAUGAGAUGCAGAGGCAGCUUGCUGCUGCUGAGGAUGAGAAGAAGACUCUUAAUUCUCUCCUGCGUAUGGCCAUCCAGCAGAAACUGGCUCUCACUCAACGUUUGGAGGACCUGGAGGCUCCUCAGGCUCCCCGCAGCUUGAACAGCAGCCCCCGGCGGUCCCGGGCCAAAGAGCUCGCCACAAAGUCAGGCCGGGCCUCCCGGAGCCCCCGAAGCAGUCCUGGCAGGCCCCAGCUGAGGAGCAGUCCACGGGCAAGCCCCGUCCUUGGCAGCAGCGUUCCUGCCUCGGCCACCCACCACUUGCGAGCUCUAACCCGAAGUCUCCACACCAGCCCUCGCUGAAACACUCCCACCAUCAAUCCAAAACCCCUCUACUCCAUAAGGAUCUGUCUUCAUGUUGUGAAUCCACCCCCCCACCCCCUCCUAGCUCCCUCCUUCCCUCCUGACUUGAGACAUCCUGUCCAUCCCAGAUAUGACACUGCAUUAUUCCCUCUCUACCCACCAGAACCAUGGAGUGAAUACAAAUAUUUGAAAAGGAAAAAGAAACCCUUCCAUCCCAGCCUCUUGGUGUUCUCUCCUCGGGGUGGAAAAACCUGCAUGCAGCCUGGAGGAGGAUGGAGAGACUAACCUGCUGAUCAUUUCUUUCUCUCUCUCUCAUUGACUGCAUCUAUGCCUCGUCUUUUUCAAUGCUGUAUAUUGUGAACCAUUGACAGUAUUUAUUCCAUGAACAGAACAUUUUUUAUGUACAGUAUUUACUAUUCUCUGACUCAGAUUCAAGGCUGUGAUCUGUUCUCUGAAGGCGUUAAUGUCUUCACACCCUCUUGCCUUUAGUUUGGCAACCUGGUCCGGCCUGUUUGGCAUUCCUUAGUGUUGGCAGGCUAUUAGCUCCUCUAGAGUAGCUCAUACUGGUCGUUGCUUGCAAGGAGCAGUGGAAAUUUACAGACAGAUCAAAGUGGAGCUCACCGUUGUCAAUAAUUCCUUGCAUCUUACUUGCAGUGCAGGCACACUACCUGUCCUUUUUUUUUUUUUAAUCUUUUGACUUUCCUUGUUCUAUUACUUCAACCUGUCAGCUACAUGCUUUAACAAGAAGUCAGUAAACAAUGUUGUUUCAGGUGGAAAUAGAUCAGCCAUAAGUUCACCACCUCAGGUCAAAACCGUGAAUAUUCCGUUUGAUAGUUUGAGAAAUCUUCAGUGGAGGUCUUACUUUACAAACUAUGCAUACGAAGCCAGAACGGUGCCUGUAUUCUGCUGCUGUUUGCUCGAGGUGGAUUCCUCCACGUGAGACUUUUGGUUUAACACUGGCUAGCUGCAGCUUCGUCACAAAAGCCCUGAGCAGUUUCUGUAGGAAUCACACUCUUGAUAAGCGUCCUAAUAAAUUAGAAUAUCGUCAAAAAGUGAA